GCCUCUGCUAAAGAAUGACGUCAGAUCGGGCAGACAUAUUUGUGCGGGCUGAUAGUUAACGGUCGGACGGAUUCGUAUGGCGAGAGGAAGCCAGGGCAAGGAUUUAGUUCAGAUUGUGUUUACUUUUCGACUUUGCCAGGGAUCGAGGUCACACUGAAAUGUCGGAGGAAAUUGAGGGGACAAAGACGACGGAGGAGACGGUGGUGAAUGACCAGAAUGAGAUGGACGACAAGGUGACCAGUCCAGAGAAGGUUGAGGAGGCCAAGUUGAAGGCUCGCUACCCAAACCUGGGGCACAAACCUGGAGGCUCCGACCUGCUACGCAAACGCCUGACCAAGGGGCAAAAGUAUUUUGACUCUGGGGACUACAACAUGGCCAAGGCCAAGGUGAAGAACAAGCAGCUUCCUGCAGCUACGUCAGAGAAGAGCGGAGGAGGAGAGAUCACAGGAGACCAUAUCCCCACACCUCAGGACCUGCCUCAGAGGAAACCUUCCCUGGUGGCCAGCAAACUGGCCGGCUGAUACACACACUGUCCUGUCUCUAACCCUGUCAAUACUCCUAACAAUCACCCUGCUACACUUGUUCCUCUCUCACUACCUCUCCCCCAUCUACUUCUGCCCCAGCCCCAGAGAGACCCUUCCCUGGUGGCCAGCAAACUGGCACACACCUCUAACCGCCUGUCCCUGGUUCUGUCCCUCAUCCUCUUCACCCAGUCCUCUCUGCUUCCCCUCACCUUCCACUCUGUUAUGGCUCCCUCUUCUUCCUGCUCUUCCUCCCCUCGGUUCUUGUUUAUUUUCUAUUCUCAUGUAAAAAUACACUGAAAGCAAGGAUGAGGAUGUGUAGAAGGGAGAGAGGGAGGACUGGGAUGACUCUACUACAGGAGGAGACUUUAAAGAUGACCACAACUCUGUGUCCCAGAUGACACCCUAUCCCCUAUAUAGCCCUGUGGGCCCUGGUCAAAAGUACAUUGUACAAAACAUUAGGAAUACCAUUCCUAAUAUUGAGUUGCACCCCCUUUUGCCCU